AAAGAUACGCAGCCGCAUUCAGGGGGUACUACUACUGCAGUGACAGAUCUUGCGUAUACAAAUGAGCAAAUUAGUGCAGACUGUGGCAAAAAUGAAGUAUAUUUUAGUGACUGGAGGUGUAAUAAGUGGUGUAGGAAAAGGUGUGAUAGCUAGUUCAUUCGGUACACUGCUGAAUUCUUGCGGAAUUGAUGUUACAUCCAUCAAAAUAGACCCCUACAUAAACAUCGAUGCAGGAACUUUUUCACCCUAUGAACACGGGGAAGUCUAUGUUCUGGAUGAUGGUGGAGAAGUAGAUCUAGAUCUUGGGAAUUAUGAGAGAUUCCUCGAUGUUACCCUGCAUCGUGACAACAACAUUACAACAGGGAAGAUCUAUAAGCAAGUGAUUGAGAAGGAACGAAGGGGAGAUUAUCUGGGAAAGACAGUGCAAGUUGUGCCUCACAUUACGGACGCUAUCCAGGAAUGGGUAGAGAGGGUGGCUAAACAGCCGGUCAAGGGUACAGCUCAGCCACAGGUUUGUAUUGUGGAGCUAGGUGGGACAAUUGGCGACAUCGAGGGAAUGGCCUUUGUCGAGAGCUUCCGCCAGUUUCAGUUCAAAGUCAAGAGGGAGAACUUUUGCUGUGCCCACGUUUCCCUUGUUCCAAUGCCAAAAGCCACCGGAGAGCCUAAGACCAAGCCCACCCAGGCUAGUGUCAGGGAACUUCGUGGUCUAGGUCUCAGUCCUGAUCUCAUAGUUUGCCGUUCAGAGCUACCCAUUGGAACGGAAGUUAAGGAAAAGAUCAGCAAUUUCUGUCAUGUGGCUACAGAACAGGUCAUUUGUAUCCAUGACCUCUCCUCAAUUUACCAUGUUCCCUUGUUGAUGGAGAAACAUGGAGUAGUGGACUUCCUGGCUGAGCGUUUGCAGCUCAAUUUACCCAAUCAACGGCCUACCCGACUCAUGCAACGCUGGCGGGAUUUGGCCCAUCGAGUCGAUACGAUUCGUCGUAAAGUCAAUAUCACUCUCGUGGGCAAGUAUACGAAGCUGGAGGAUGCGUAUGCAUCCGUCAUGAAAGCUCUGCAGCACGCAUCUAUUGCCUCAGGCUUCAAUCUCAAUCUCAAAUUCAUCGAUGCUUCCCAUUUGGAGAAGCAGACGCAGAUGUCUAAACCAGAACAGUAUCAUGAGGCGUGGAAGGAGCUGUGUAUUAGUGAUGGGGUGAUAGUGCCUGGGGGAUUUGGAUCUCGUGGGAUUGAAGGAAAGAUUAUGGCUUGUCAGUGGUGCAGGGACAAUAAUAAACCAAUUCUGGGUAUCUGCUUGGGACUGCAGGCAAUGGUUAUUGAGUUUGCUAGGAAUGUUCUCAAAUUGGAAGAUGCCAAUUCGACGGAAGUUGAUCCUGAUACAAAGAAUCCCCUCGUGAUUGACAUGCCAGAGUACCAUCCGGGAGAUAUGGGGGGUACAAUGAGGCUAGGAAGGAGGACAACAAUCUUCAAGAAUGAAGACAGCAUUAUCAAGACAUUAUAUCAUAAUCCUAAAAGUAUCAAUGAGAGACAUCGCCAUCGGUAUGAAGUGAAUCCCAAGUAUGUUAAUGCCCUGGAAGAGAAAGGCCUAAAGUUUGUGGGGUACGAUGCUGAGAAGACACGAAUGGAGAUUUUGGAGUAUCCUGGUCAUCCUUACUAUGUGGCCACCCAGUUCCAUCCUGAAUAUCUUUCCCGACCUCUCAAACCUUCUCCUCCCUUCUUAGGCCUCAUUUUAGCGGCAACAGGUCGCUUGAAAAAAUAUAUCAAAGAGGGCUGCCCGCUGACUCCUAGGAUGAGCGAUGAAAGCAGUGGAGACGACGAAAUCGAAGCUGAGAAGAACAUUCACCUGUACAAUGGACAUGGGAAACUGGUAAAUGGAUUAACAAAAUCCUUGCACAAUGGAACUAGUGAGGCCAAAAGCAUCAACGGAACUGAAUCCCAUGAAAGCAGUGAAGACAAUGAAAAGUAAAUUUGAAAGAUUUCUCAACAUUCUUCCAGCUCUUCCUUCUUUUUUUUUUUGUAAUGCCCGCCUGGAGAUUCUGGAAUCCUCAUCGAAUAAUCAUCAAAAACGGGUUGAUUUAGUUGAUUUUUUUUCUGAAGGUUUAUUUUUCUAGAAGGAGCUUCUCUGGUGUCAUUUGCACUUCUGGAACAAAAUUCAAAAGCCUCCUUAUGUGCAUGUCAUAAAGAUAUUUUUAGUAUGUAACUCUCUCAUGCAUUUAAAGUCAGAGAAAACUAUCUUUAUUCAAUAAAGCCUAUGAAAAAGUAA